CAAACAAAUCAGUCAGUCAAGUCCGAGCAUCAGUUUUUUUUUGCCCUCACGAGUACAGCAGUAGUAGAAGAGCCGAGGAAAGACUACAUAAAUACCCGAUACACGCCACCUUCCUGCACGCACCUACCAGCAGCAUGGUUUCAACUGGCGAAAGCGUCGAGCAAAGCGCUCCCCCCGCCGCUGCUACUCCUGCCGGCGGGAAGAGCGCGUCCAUUCCAGCGGUACUUGGCACGAUGUCCAUCCCGGAACCGUUGGAUACGGCGGCGGCGCGCGAGGCUCUGGAGUACUUUCACGCCGCCGGUUUCGACGAGAUCGAUACCGCUAUCCUGUACCAGGGUGGGGCGACGGAGACAACGCUAGGCGAGAUCGGCGUGGAAAAGUUCCGCGUCGCGGCGAAGGCCAACCCGUGGUACAAGACCGACGAGUCUCACGACUUCUUCACACCGACGUAUGGCCUCAGGCCCGACCUCGUCAAGGAGCAACUUCGCAAGUCCAUCGAAGUCCUGGGGGUGCCGUCUGUGGAACUGUUUUACCUUCAUGCCCCUGACCGCAACACGCCUAUCGAGGGGACGCUUCAGGCCGUCCACGAGCUGAGGUCGGAGGGGCUAUUUCGCGAGUGGGGAUUGUCCAACUACACCGCGUGGGAAACGGUGGACAUCUGGCACAUCUGCAAGGCGAAGGGUUGGCAGCCCCCUGCCGUGUACCAGGGCAUGUACAACGCGGUCACGAGGGAGGUAGAGCGGGAGCUGCUGCCCGCCCUCAAGAAGCUCGGGAUGCGGUUCUACGCCUACAACCCCCUGGCUGGCGGGAUGCUUUCGGGGAAGCACAAGUUCGAGAAGCCCCCGGAGGACGGAAGGUUCAGCACCACCAGCUUGUGGGGAUCACUCUACAGGGCCCGGUACUGGCGCAAGGAACUGUUCGACGAGAUCGAGACAUUGAAGGCGAUCUGCGUCAAGCACGACACGGAUCUCGUGUCAGCGUCCUUCCGGUGGAUGCGCCAUCACUCGAGCCUCACCGGAGAGAGCGGAGACACGGUGAUCAUAUGCGGGUCUUCGGUGUCCCAGGUCAAGGGAAACGUCGACGCCUGUCGAGACGAAAAUCCUCUGCCCAAGGACCUGGUGGACGGAUUUGACGCCGCGUGGCAGUCGGCCAAGCCUCACUGCCCUUCGUACUUCAAGUGACGGCGGAAGUGAAACGAACAAAUGAUUGUGGAUAAAAAGCCAGAAUGGGCCACGGAUGCAAAAGGCAGUCGUUGGGGAAAGCGACCUAGCGGGGCGAAGAACCGUACAUUCGUUCGUGAGGUUCGCGGGACGAAGUUGUGGCUCCGCAUUUUUGUUCCUGAGCGGCAGUACAUCUUCUCGAAGCCGCAUCUUGGAUAUGUCCCCCUUUUCUGUUGGUGGAUAAUCUGUGGCGGCGACGACGACGACGACGGAGUUUUGUUUCUUCGACCUUCAAGUGUGCACAAGUUCCGGGAAGGCUCGACACGGACCUAGCGACCAGAGCCGUUGGCUGCUGAACGUGGCGACAAGUCGCAGGCGGAUGGAUGGGACACUCACCACGGCCUCGGAAUAUUUUUGCGAAGUCGUCACCGCUACCCCGAGUCGGACCUUUUCGUCCAAUGGGUCACCGUCUCUAAUCAGAACGAGGACGACAUUGUCUUGGCGAUGAUUUUGCUGAUACGUGCUGCCCCCUAUGUAUCUCACAACAUGUGUCAUGGUAUGUGGUGGCUGUACGGACAGGGGGGCACCGUAUUGUAGACCUCCAGGGGGGGGGGUGUCCUCGCAGUAAACAUAUCGCGCCUUGCGCGGAGUUGAUCGACGGCACAGCAGAGAUGCUCGGGCACGUGGGAAAAACUAUAAACACAAAUAUUUGAGGGGAAGAGGAUACAAUACCAUCUACCCUCUGUUGGACUCUUGCUCUAUUGAAGGCAGACCCAAGCUACGACGACUGUUUCGACCUGUUCGAAUGAGCGCCCCAAACGAUUCCACCUGAGAUCUCCACCGAUUCGGGGAGCAGAGCAUGUAGUGAUGCGACGGUCGUGGUUGCAGUGCUUCCGGUUUCUCUAUUGUGUGAUUCUUGGUUUAUCGCCUUGUUUUGAAGUGAUGCGGCGUAGAAAGAGAAAGAGGAAGAGGGAAGCGAAGAAAUAUUGGGUUGCGGCCGACGGCGGUUGACACGUGAUGGGAUCAGCUGCUUAUUAUUCAUUCAUCUUUUGGGUCUACUCUUGGUAGAACCGCACGUAGUACUCGUAGUUUAGCUCACAGAAAGCGGAAACUGAACGCGGCCAACGGCCGAUUGGUGGGUACUCGACAGUCGACUUCACGUUCGACCCGAGAAAACGACAUCGCUGACUCUCUCUUGCUGCAACAAAAACGAAGUACCGCAGAAAGACGAUGGAGAACAAGAAAAUCAAUUGUAUGGUCUUCCACCUAUCGUCGUUCUUUACGACCGAUCCAGAAGCAGUCACCGUAGAUUAGGGUUCGGGUCGUAGGAUACAGACCGACUUGUUUUGAAGCCCGCACCCGUUGC